UCGGCCUGGCAGGGCCACCCUUUGGUAGCUGCAUCCGCUUGAAGACUCUUAUUUGGCCGUUGGUAAGGAGGGGCUCAGCUGGGGAAGCAGUUGCAUCCCAAGCGAGAAAAGGCAACCACCUGGGCACGGAAGAUGCAGGAGUAAACAAUGCACUACCCGGUUGCUUCCAAAAGGAGACAUGAGAUCAACGAGACGACGGGACAGGAUGAAGCAGGGUCUCGGAUGGCUCCAUGAUUCCCUGAUAUGGCCUCGGUGAGGAUGACAACAAGGUCGGAUGGCAGGCGCAGAAGCGGUGAGACUGUGGUACGAGUGUGUUCAGGGAUCAGGAGUGUCGGGAGACAGCACAGCACACUGAAGGAUUUGCUGCACCUCAACCGCAGAAGUCUUCUUGAUUUGAUGGCUGGGAGAAUCAAGACGCGCGGUGGUGGACAUGAAGAAACGAAGGCCAGUAGCAAAAAACGUGACCGAGAUGGAAAAGAGAGGAAAAAGAAGAAGACGGGAGACGACAGCCAACGAUUUGGAAGACCAUCCGAUGUCUCUCUCCGACAGUACAAUGGGAGUGCAGUCGGCCAAGAUUCUGCUCUGGCGAGGAGUGGGAGGGAGUGUUGUACGAAGAUAAAAUAUCCCACAGGGCCUCUGAAGGCUGAAAAAUGGAGGCGGUCGUGCCCAGGUGGAAAUACGAAAGUCGAGGAUGCGCUGAUGGCGGAACCCCACGCAGUUCCCAGAAUGGAAAGUUGGGAGAAAAGGCAGUGGGCAACAGCGCACCUGAACAAGCAAUCUCAGUCCCAUGGACUUGUGGUAGCACACACCAGAACGCGGUCCUUGUCACCUGACUUCGUGUUCGCCGUGCACUCGCCGGAGCAACGGCACUGAUAAGAACGUGGAUCUCUGCGGGACGAGACAACCCAGGCGCCCGGUCCUGUCGCCGUUGCACUGGAGCCGCGUGUAUAAAAAAAGAGCAUGGCACUACUGACCACAAAGA